AGGUGUCUGUAUGCAGCCAGGUGCUGACAUUCCUAGUGAGUUAUGUCAAGUAGUGUGGAAUCCUCCCUCAGGAUGAGCAGAGAUGAAAGAUGAACAGGGAACAACAGAAAGAGAAGUUAUCGCCACGUGAUGCCAGCGGAGAUUGGAGAUAAGUGCACAGCGCUAACCCCAUCUGGCUAGCGCACUCCGGCAUAACAACGGCGGGGCGCUGAGGAUUACGAACGUCUCGUCAUCCCCGGCUGCUUGAUCGGCGUCAUAUCCUGACUUUAUUGACUUGAUUGGGGAUCAUCCAGGCUAGAGGCCUCAACGCAAUCAUGAGUGGAAUGGGAAAGGUUUUCAAGGAGGGGUGGCACCCGAAGAGCCGCGAAGGGGGAAAGGAGAGCUGGCGCGGCGACUUCAAGGGCAUCAAUCAAGUGGCAGGAUGGAUGGGGAAGGGCAAGGACAAAGACAGCGAACGCGAGGAGCAUGUUUCCCGCCCUCUUUCGACACUCAAGGAUCCCUCCGCUUUUGGACCGCCACCGAAACAUGUCAAAUACCAUGGCGCUGCGGCGCUUCCCAAUGAAACGACGCCGGAUCGAAGAGGCCUAGGAGCCCCGCUAUCCCAGGAACAGAUCGAUUAUCAAAAGGAGCAGGAACAAGCAGAGAUCCAGGCUCAGGAACAAGAGGCACAGAAACCCGCACCGCCUCCGCUUCCCUACCGAGCGAAUCGAACAGGUGUCGACCCGAGUGUUCUCCCGCCACCACCGGUCCGACGGAUGGGCUCGCCGGCUGAGCCUUCAGUCCCGACGAAUACAAGACCCAAGCCAAGCGUUCCGCCUCGAAUCCCUCCCCGGACCAAUUCCACUCCGGUGUCACACCCGCCUUCUCCGCCUCCCGCCUACUCGCCGAGCGCAGCAGAAACGCCAUCCGACCCGUAUAUCAACCAAGCCGCUACGUCGCGCCUCGCUCAAUCGGGGUUCUCGGUACCGGCGCUCGGAAUUGGAAAUGGAGGAAACCAGUGGCAAUCCCCGGGGGCUUCUCCAGCCCCUACCGGCUCAGUCGGCCAAGCUCCCCUCAACGAGCUGCAGUCACGGUUCUCACAGAUGAGAACCAACUCACAAAGAGAGGCGCCCUCUCCGCCGCCAGCGCGGGGAACGUACGCCAGUGAGCAAUCACAAUCGCCUGCUCCGGCGUCGGACACACGCAGUGCCCAGUCGACCGUCAACGACUUUCGCGAGAAGCACAGCGACAAGAUCGAUGCCGGAAAGCAGAAGCUGUCCGGUCUCAACGAGAAAUACGGCAUCAGCCAGCGCGUGAAUGGCUUCUUUGACGAUAAGAAAUCUUCCCAGGGAAAUUCAGGCCCACCCCCGCCUCUUCCCCGACAUCCCAAGGCGGUGCAGCCGCCUCCUUCAGCCAGCUCCGAGUCCUUGGGCCAACGGAAGGCUCCGCCGCCGCCGCCUCCUAAGAAAUCGGGAAUGCGGUCGACCCCUGUCCCGGCGUCAGCGCCUACACCUCCACCGAUCCCAUUGGGCACGAAACCUCGCUGAGACAUGUUGUUUUUUGAUUAGCCGAGUAGCGUAGGAUCGGAAGUUGCUUGCAGCAAAUGUAUCAUAGCUGGUGGUGUUGUUCGGUAUAUUGAUUUGUUUUCCGUUGCCAUUGCAGCAUUUAAGCAUUGCAGACAGAGUCAUUACAGAAAGAAUACGGACUAGAUUGAUUAUCUAAAUAUACACAUGGACCAAUCUC